AGCUCCAGAUUAAGCGCAGAGAUUCCCUUCACUAAAAAUACAGACAUACAUACAACUCAUCUGUAUCUAUAUCCCUCUCAGAUCACUCUCCUCUCUCUUGCUCUCUCUCCCAACUCACCCACUCACUCACAAAUUCUAACCUUCCCCUCAUCUUCCCUACUUUUGGCGGGAAAAUAGCUAUAAUUCCGCUCAACAAUACUUACAGAAAACCUGUAUCUAUAAUGAAGAAGCAGCUGAGGAAGUACUACACAAACAUCAAGCAGCACCAAACGGAGAAGAGAUGGAUGUUCCCGUUAGCUAUAAGCUCAAUUGUAUCUCUGUUUCUUCUCUUCAUCGGAACCCUAACUUGCUCCGACGGCACGCCGUUGAUCCCGUUUUACCGGCUAGCGACUUACUCCGACGACUCGUUGUUCAUCGAAUCAAAGCUCCACGUGGCGAGAGUCUCGACAUUGCCGCCUCCGCCGCGGCUGGCGUACUUCAUUUCGGGUUCUGUGGGAGAUGGCGCGAUGCUGAGGCGGACUUUGCUGGCGUUGUAUCAUCCGAAUAACCGUUAUGUGGUUCAUCUUGAGGCGGAGGCGGGGGAGGAGGAGCGGUUAGAGUUGUUUGAGUUUGUUAGGGAUUUUGGUUUGUUUAGGAGGUUUGGGAAUGUGAUUGUGAUGAGGAAGCCGAAUUUGGUUACGUAUCGUGGACCGACAAUGGUGGCGAAUACGUUGCACGCGGCGGCGGUGUUGUUGAAGGAAGGCGGAGAGUGGGAUUGGUUUAUUAAUCUCAGUUCCUCUGAUUAUCCGCUUGUUACUCAAGAUGAUCUGCUUCAUACAUUUUCCUACUUGCCGCGGGAUUUGAAUUUCAUUGAUCAUACUAGUGAUAUUGGGUGGAAAGAGUUUCAGCGGGCAAAGCCAGUGAUUGUGGAUCCGGGGUUGUUUCUGACGAAAAAGAGUGAUGUUUUUUGGAUUACGCAGAGGAGGAGUGUGCCAACUGCGUUUAAGCUUUUUACAGGCUCUGCUUGGAUGGCACUGUCAAGACCUUUUAUUGACUACUGCAUAUGGGGAUGGGACAACUUACCACGAACAGUCCUUAUGUACUACACAAACUUUAUCUCUUCUCCUGAAGGAUACUUUCACACAGUAGCGUGUAAUGCUCACGAGUUUAGAAACACCACUGUAAAUAGUGAUCUCCACUACAUAUCAUGGGACAACCCCCCAAAGCAGCAUCCCCACUACCUAACUGUUGAGGAUAUGCAAAUGAUGACCGCCAGUAAUGCGCCAUUUGCGAGAAAGUUUCAUCAAGAUGAUCCAGUGCUGGACAAGAUUGACUCUGAUCUGUUGUUCCGAGGUCGAAACAUGACUGUACCUGGUGGUUGGUGCAUAGGGAGCAGGGAAAGUGGCAGUGAUCCAUGCUCUGUUGUGGGCAAUAUUACACAACUUAGGCCAACUACCGGAGCAAAGAAGCUAGAAACUCUGAUCAGUUCCCUACUAUCGAAUGAUAAUUUCAGACCACGACAGUGCAAAUAGUAAAAGAUGAAUAUAAUGACAGGAAACAGCAAAAUUGUUUGUUUGUAUCUAUUGAUAAUGAGAGAAGGGUGGACAAAAGGCUAUCAGAUAGAUAGAAUCUAUAGGUAGGAAAAUGACUGCAGAGAUUGUACCGAUUUCAAUCAGGUUGAAAACUUGCUGCCUGGGGUAAGUGGUUGCUUGUAACUUAAUAUAAAUGUGAUGAUGAAGGUAGUGGUGGUUUCAGGCAUUUUCUUAAUUUACCCCUAUCAAGCUGCACUUACAGGGAAUUGCCACUGAUCAUUUCCAUGACGAGCAGGAUCUGGUAAAUGAGAGUAGAGGGGAUUCUGAAAUUUUUUGAGAAGGCAAUAUGAUUGUUAAUCUUUGAAUGUUGUAAGAAUGUGAAAAGUUAGACGAUGGAAAUGUUAUAUAUAGUUCUGUGAAAGCAUAC